AUGGAAGAAGUUAGUUUAAAGAAGGUUUCCCAUGAUGGAGCAGCCAUGAAGGCGUUUAAAGAUUGCUUUAGUGGGACUGUUGGUGGAAUUGCGCAAGUAUUAGUUGGACAGCCAUUUGAUACUGUUAAAGUUAGACUUCAAACGCAGCCAACACCGAAACUUGGACAACCACCAUUAUAUUCCAGUAUGUUAGAUUGCGUACGAAAAACUAGUAAAGAAGGUUUCAGUGCAUUUUAUAAGGGAACUACAACACCUUUAAUAGGAAUUGGAGCAUGUGUAUCAAUUCAGUUUGCAUCAUUAGGAUAUAUGAAACGAUAUUUUAUGGAAAAGAAUGGAAAUAAAAGUCCUUUUUUAACGAACUCGCAGUUAUAUAUAUCAGGAGCAACUGCUGGAUUAGUUAAUUCUGUAAUUUCAGGACCGGUUGAACAUAUUCGUACACGCCUUCAAGUCCAAAUCACACCUACGCAAUCAUCUGCUUCAACUCAAGCUCAAUUUUAUUCCGGACCAAUUGACUGUAUCAAAAAAAUUUAUUCUUCAUAUGGAAUUCGUGGAAUUUAUAAGGGACAAGUAAUUUCUAUGGCACGUGAAUUACAAGGAUUUG